AUGAAAACUAGGAAAUUUCAACUUGCUUCUAGAUGUUGUUUUUGUAAGAAAGAUGAGGAAACUCUAGAACACAUUCUAUGGAAAUGCAACUAUAGUGAGAUAAUUUGGAAGUGGUUAGGAGGGAUGUUUAAUUUCAAGAACCCUAAGUCCUUUGAUGAAGUCUUUAGUUCUGCAAAACAUAAAAGUCCUGCAGUUGGUGAAAUAUGGAGAUAUGCUGCUUUCAUUACUCUCAAGGAACUGUGGUUUCAAAGAAAUAGAAGUGUUUAUGAGGAUGAAGUCUUCAAUGAACAAAAUAUUAAAUCAAGAAUCUUGAAACUUACUGCUGAAGGAGAAAUUAGAAUGAAACAGCUCAUGUGGAAUAAUGCAUAUGUUGUUAAAGAGAUUUCCUUUAAAUUGCCUCAGAAGAAUCAACUUCUCUUGUGUUGUGAUGGGGCUUCAAGAGGGAACCCUAGGAAUUCAGGUUAUGGGAUUAUGGCUAUAAAUGAUAAAGGAGAAGUGGUGGUAGCUAUAGAAGGAGGUCUGGGGAUUUCUACUAAUUUCUUUGCAGAAAUUAUGGCAAUUAUUUGUGCAGGAGAAUGGGUUAUUCAUAAUGGUUUCAGAAUCCUCCUUUUCAGUACAGACUCAAAAUCAGUAAUUGUUGCUUUUGAAAAUUUGAGAGUUCCUUGGUUUGCAAUUGCUAGAUGGAAGAAAAUCUGCAACAUUGCUACCAAAUAUGAGUUUCUUCAUAAUUACAGAGAAUUGAACUUCUCUGCAAAUGAUCUAGCUAACAUAGGAGCAACUAUGCAGAGAGAAGAUCAACACAUAUACACAAGCAAACCUCCCUUCCUUGUAAAUCUUGAAAAUGAAAAGCAGAAGUACUUUAUGACAGUUUAG